AUGCUUAAUCUUGCGUACUACGCCGUUGCACUCUUCGCAGUGUAUGCACAGGCUGCUCCUCACAAUAAGCCACCCCAGCCCAAUAAGGACACUUCUAAAGCCGGUGUCGUCGCUGCAAACUGUCAACCUAGCCGUGUGUUGGGAUCCGGUUUCAACGUUGUCUUCUACGACUACCCAUACUACAGAGAUGACGGAUGGCAACCUGGUUGGUUCGAAGGUGGAUACAAGAACAACGCUAUUACUGCUACUAAGAAGGGUGUUCAAGAUAUCUACUUCUCCAACCAAACUGUGCCAUGGGGUGUUGUCAGAGGUACCGUUUACGAUACCGAGGUCAACAUUUCCAACUUCGCUAUGGAAUUGAGUGGUUUCUUCAAGGCUGACUACACUGGUACUUACACUUUCACAUUGAAGGCUGACAACGGUGCUUCUCUUCAACUUGGUGCCGGUCAAUCUUGUUGUGACGACGCUGGUGGAUCUGUCGGCGGUGGUUUCAACAUCUUCACCUUGGGCCCUCGUGGUGGUGGUGGUGAUGUUGACGCUAACACCAACAGAUACACUGCCUCUUUUGACCUUCAAGAGGGUAGAUACUACCCAGUCAAGCUUGUGUACUUCAACUGGGUCACCAACGCAGGUCUCGACCUUUCUUACGUCGACCCUAAGGGUACCACCGUCAAGAACUUCGCCAACAAGAUCUCUCAGCUUCAAUUCGACAAUGGUGUCUGUAUUACCUCUACCACCGAGUACUGGACUAACAAGUACACUUCCACUACCACUAGAACUGGCAAGAGCACAAACACUGUUGUUGUUGAGCUUCCUCAUUUGACUACCACUACCACUACCACUUGGGGCAACUCUUUUACCUCUUCUGUGACCAAGACUGGUUCCAUCACUGACACUAUUGUCGUCGAGGUUCCUUCUGCUACCGUUACUACUACCACUUACUGGAACAAGCCAAUGACCUCUCUGACCACUGUCACUACUGGUAAGGAUGGUACCAACACUGUCAUUGUCCAGGUCCCUAAGACCACUGUCACCAAGACCUCUACUUGGACCAACAACUUCUCUUCCACUUCUACCGCUGUUGGAUCCGUCACUGACACUGUUAUUGUUGAUGUUCCAUCUCCAACCAAGACUGUCACUUCUUACUGGACUCAAACUACUACUGGUGCAACUACGAUCACCACUGGUACUGACGGUACUAACACUGUGACUGGUUCCGCUACUGACACUGUUGAGAUUGAUGUCCCAACUCCAACUAAGACCAUUACCUCUUACUGGGAGAAGCCAACCACCGCUACUACCACUGUUACCACUGGUACUGACGGUACUAACACACUGUUGUGA